GGCCACCGGCGGGCUCUGUCCUGGCCACGCUCGGGGAGGUGGCGGCGGCUGCCGAGCCCCGGGGGACGCGCACGGAUCCUCCAGGUAUUAUUGGAAUGUGAAUACAGAGGAGAAUGUGCUUUUCUGACAACUGUUGUGGAUUAUUUAACCAGGCUUUGAUUUCUGGAAAUGCUACAACAUGGCUUCAUCUGGAAAUGGGAUCGAAAGAUGGCCUCAGAGGCAGCGUGGCAGAAUUGGAGAGCUGGUAGAGCCUCUGUCCUCUCCCAAAAGCAGCAAUGGCCUUUCACCAGUGAAGUCAGUCAGCAGUGCAGAGCAUCUCCUGCAGCUCCCUGCAAGAGUGGACUCUGCUUACAGCUCUUUCUCAGGGGGAUCAAAUGCUCCAGAGUAUCCCACCCCGUCGUGCUAUGGUGAAAACUGCUAUUGGCCUCUGGAGCAGGCACCUUACAUGGACUUGGAAUAUGUAAGAGGUAUUUACAAUCUCAGCGCAGCAAGCUCUGACCACGGGUGCCUGCAUCCCUGCAGAGCACCAGACUUGAGCAGCCAUAACUCUCACAGCACCGGUCUCACCGAGCGCUCUGGAAGCACUCCUACCCGAGGGACUUCACAUCAGGGACCUCCUCCUCCAGCAGCACCUCCACCUUCUCCUCCCAUGCGACUUGAUAGCUAUAAAGUCACCAGACACCUGGAAAACUCAAGAGGAAGAUGCAGCUCUGGAAGUCAUGGUGACUGGAGUGUGCCGCCAGCUCCGCGCAUGCAGGACAGUCAGCUGGUGGAUAGGGACCUACCACAUGGUUGGCACAGGGAUGAAGUUACAGAGGAAGAUAUAGUGGCUGCUAAGGAAAAGACUCUGGAAAACAAGGGCCUUUCCUCUGAUUCUGCAAAUGAGUUAUCCAUAUCAAAAAUUCAGGGGUUAAAGAUGGAGGAAAAUGGAGAGUGGAGCCCAUCCCAACAGCCUGCAAGGAGAAGCAAUCCACACGUUUUCAGCAGACCUUCUUCAGUCAUUUUUCAGGAAUAUUUAAAGACUGACUCAGUGGCCAAUAUCCCCCAAAUACUUUCUGCUUACAAUUCAGUUCAUGCUUAUGAAGAUCCUGAAGAGAAGAGUUCCAAGUCCUGUCACCCAGUACAUACCCACCCUAACACUGUUAAUGAUACACAAGAAGACAAACAGUGUCCCUGCAGUGUACGUCAGCCGGCUCUCAGAGAUGUGCAGAGCACAGUGCCAGAGCCCAGCCAAGGCAGAGGAUGCUUGCCCUUCCCUCAAUGCCCGCUCCAUACCGAGCUGCGUUCGGAUGUGGAUCAAGGUGGGUUUGAGGAUAGUUGUGACUUCAAAUGUGUGGAGAAUGCUUCCAGGAAGCUGAAUGGUUGCACAGGGAAAAAUCGGUGCUGUGCCUCUGAAGGAAUGCUUGGAAGUGAUACCAGGGAGCUACUGAAUGAGCACACCAAAAUGCAGAGGUCAGCACUGUCCUGCAGUUAUGGUCCUGCUGAAUCACAGCCUCUGUGCUGUGAGGAGUGGGAUCAGGGAGAUAGGCACUGCCAUGGUAAUAGUGGCCAAAUGUCUUUGAUCAGACCAAAGGAAGAGCCCACAUCUCCUUUUUUACAUGAAGCCAAGAAAGAAAAAGGGGUCAAUCCCAGCAGUCCUGACCUCAGCAUACAGCUGGAACGAGAGGAACCUCCUGUUCAGAAAUGCCAGCCUCAGGUUCAAAAGCAGCUCUUGAGGCAGCCUCGGGAUGCUCUUGCUGGGGAACAAAUAACCAGGCAGACAACUCCCAUGCUUUACUAUCUGUCUGGGGGGAAACCCACUGAUAUCCUGAGCCACAACAAGCUCACCCAGCGUAAAGAGGACUCGAGGACCUCACUGAAGGAAUCUCCAGCAAGCAGCUACUCAGCGCAGUGUCUAGAGCUACAGAGGGGAAGCAGUCAAAGGACCAACCACCACCAUCAGUGCAGUGAUGACCUGCUUGAGACUGAAGAUCUCAUUCUCAUGGAUGAGAGUUUCAGGGAUGACUAUAGAGAGAAACUUAAAGUGGCUCAGAAGAAGGUUCUGAGAGAAACCUCCUUCAAAAGGAAAGACUUGCAGAUGAGUUUGCCAGUUAGACUGAGGCAUAAACCCUCUAAAAGGCCAUCAAUUGAACACCUUAGGUCCUUCUCAUUAUCUGGUUCAAGUGAGGAUGCCAAACCUGUUCCUUGUUCCCCUUCUCAUCUAGAAUCCUUGGAAUGUUUCAAUAGAGAUGAAGAAAUUAAGAAGCCACAAACAGGUCAAAUGGGGGGAAGGAAAAGGGUCACCAAAGAGCAGAAGAACCUGUGUUAUUCUGAACCUGAGAAACUUGACCAGCUGGCAGAUAAGGAAUUGUUGUGGAGUCAAGUCAGGGAUGAAAACACUCAGCAAGGUACAGGAGCAGCAAGGAGGAAGACUUUGGAGAGCAGAGGGAGGGCACUUUCCAGUUCAAGUAUCUCCAGGACAGAGCUGAAACAGAUCCAGCACACUGCACUUAUCCAGUACAUGGAAAGGAAGAUUAACCAGAGACCAGGUAGUUCACAGCACCUCCCACUGCAUAAGCCACCCCUGCAGAAGAGGCUGUCACAUCCCAAAUGGCCUCCCAGCAAGACUUCCAAUGCCAACGGGAGCAGGAAGAUGCAAAAUGAUGAGGUUUUCUGCCAAGCUCUCUCGAAAGAGAAAUCACUGGAUGUUGCUCCUCAUUUGGCUUCUGUUUCCCCACUGAGUGUGAGCAGCAGGCACAACCCCAGCUCUGCUGGCACAGAGACCUCAAAGCUCAGUCCAUCACCCAGUGAAGCAGGCAGGGACUACCCCAGCAGAAGUGCAUUGGCUGAGAGCCUCCUGCAGGAGGGUGAUCCAGCUGGGAGAGCUCAGGAGAGGCCAAAAUCCACUCCUCCUUCCACACAGGACACUCAUGGGCAAGUGGCAUCUCCUCUGCACUGUGAGAGCUCUCCUGGCACCCCCAGAUUCCAUGAUCCUGAGAAAGGUGGAUGUGAGAAUUGUGAGCAUGAAGACAAUGACAUAAGUGGAAGUCUGUGUUGUCAGGGUACCAAGGAGCUGAUUCCUGAAGCCCCUAUUCCCAUACCAAGGAGCAGAAGCAAGGAAGAUGCUCAAGCAGAGGAGGAAUGCAGAACUGAGUCUCUGAGCAGCAAUGCUCUAGUGAAGUGUCCAGAGCAGCAGCCUGCAGCUUCUCCAGAGCAAGCAAUUUGCUGCCACACAGUGUUAGCUCAGCCCCACCACGGGGACAGGAAUACAGCUAAAGGUUUAAUUGCAAAGGAGACAUCCACGUACAAGUGCCAAAGUGAUGCUCACCUCAAGGGAGAGGCAAGAGGGAGACUGCAGUGUCUUGAAGACCAGCGAUAUGAAGAACUUGCUAUGGAGAUCAUUGCCAAAGACAGUUCUCUGGUGGAUAUUCUCAUACCUCAGCCUGAUAGAAGAACUGCUUUAGAUCUAAUGGAGGGUCUCUUUCCUAUUAACAUUUCCAUGCUGGAUAAAUCACACAGGAAAAAGGGAGACGUACAGAAUGUGCAGGAGAAUGACAGAAGUAGCAGAGAUGCAACAGCAGAAUGGCCUGAACCUGAACACGAUGCUAAGCAAAAGCGUGAAGGUCCUACCUCUGAGCGAAGCCAAGUCCUGAAUAGGAGCAGCAGCAGCAGCACAAAUGACCUGGAUGACAUCCGAGCUAAGAAACUGGAACUCAUGUCCAGGCUCCGGUCCAAGCUGCAGACCCUGUAUGGGGAAAGGGAGCUCAUCCUGUCCGAAGUCCAGGCGUGUGCCGUGCGAGGCACGGAGCUGGAGGUGCUGGUGCGGGAUGUCUGCAGGCACAAUGAGUUUGAGCGCUACAUGAUGUUCAUCGGUGACCUGGAGAAGGUGGUGAGCCUCCUGCUCUGCUUGUCCAGCCGCCUGGCCCGAGUCCAGAAUGCCAUGAGGAGGAUCGAUGGCAACACAGAUGCUGAGGAGAAGCAAUCGCUCCACGAACGGCACAAGCUCUUGUCUAGACAGCGGGAAGAUGCAAAGGACCUGAAAGAGAACCUGGAUCGCAGGGAGAGGGUGGUCUCUGGCAUCCUUGCCAAGUACCUGAGUGCCCAGCAGCUCCAGGACUACCGGUGCUUUGUUCAGGACAAGACCUCUUUGCUGAUUGAGCAGAAGGACCUUGAAGAGCAGAUUAAGUUCUUUGAAGAGCAAUUAGAAAGUCUUGAGAGAAGCAUCUGACUGUAGCACCCACCAACAGCCCACCCGCUGCAACACCCUGAUUUGGGACCUAUCCCUGGAAUUCUACAGGCUGGGUUUGGUGGAUUCUUGUAAUCCUGGUAGUGCUGUGGUGUUGACAAGUGCUUAGAUGCUGCAGGGAUGCUCUGGGCACGCACUGGAUGUGCCUUCCCCUUGGACAGGCUAACUGCCAGCAGUGUACAGCACGUCGCAUUGGAAAUGAUGGAUAGGAUGUUUGCUCCUAUUCACUUGGCGUGUAUUUCCCCUUAUUGUUGUCUGUCCAUCUGCUUCCAGAUUGACAUAAUCCCAAUAAAAGAACGGUACAAAUA